AGAGAGAGAGAAGGGGCGAGAGUAAGAGUGAGAGAGAAAGUGAAAGAAUAAGAGAGAGACAGAGUUAGAGAGAGAGAAAAAGAAUGAGAGAGAGAGAGUAAGAGAGAGUAAGUGAAAGAGAGUAAGAGAGAGAAAGAAUAAGAGAGAGAGAGAAAAUAAGAGAGAGUAAGAGAGAGAGAGAGAGAGAAUGAGAAAGAGUAAGAGAGAGAGAGUGAAAGAAUAAGAGAGAGAGUAAGAGAGAGAAAGAGAAUGAGAGAUGAGAGAGAGUAAAAGGAUAAGAGAGAGAGAGAGAGAGAGAGAGAGAGACUGAUCUGUAUUCACAGCGACUGGCAGCUCAACUUCCUUCCUGUCUUUCUUUGUACGUCGUUAACCAAACAGCCGAGCUCUCGAAGCGAGCUGGAGAGGAGAGUUUCGACCCAUCUGCUGGAUUACUGCGGACCUAGAGCGAGUUAAAGUUCGCGAGUUAGUGCUGAGACUGGACUUUACUGCGGGAGGACUGUGUGUGGUGGUUUAUUUGUGCACAGGGAGGACCGGGCUGGAGACGGAUAUUAACCUGAACUUCCACUCGAGUCAGAAACGAGCAUCUUACUUGGGCAUGGAGGGGUAAUGGCCAUGACUGAAUAUACAGUGAAUAAAUGAAGCAUGAGGGCUUGGGUCACCGUUUUUUUUUUUCCUAACCAUGACCUCAUGAUGAGUGGCUGCAGAGGCCAGUGCAGUGUCGAUGACGAGGUCUAAAUGGGAGCAUAUAUGGACAGAGUCAGCCUGCAACUAUGGCUGCUUAUGCCCUGAACAACUUGAUCAUGAUGAACGCGAAUAACCUGACUGAUAAAAGCAGUCCUCGUACUGGGAGGCCUGUGCUGCCGGUGCCAAACCGCUCCACCUCCUGCACCGGUGGUCCUUGCAGCCCUGGUAGCUUGAGUCCUGGCUCAACUGGAACUUCAUUUGUCUUUCCUCCAAUGAUUGGUUCCAGUAGCUCCAGGGCAUACCACUCAUCAGACCAGCUAGGAGUAAGCGUGAGUACCCGGGUGCGGCGACUGAGCGGUUCUGGUCCAGAAGAUGACCAGGAGGAGACAGAGAGACGCGCUGCUCAGCAGCUCCAGCGUUGUCGCGAACUCCAGAACGUGGAAGUGAACAAGAAAGUAGACUUAUUUGAGCAUAUUUCUGCACAGGCUCAGAGCAGGGACACUCAGCGGAGCCCACGUCUUUCAAGGAGACCCAGCCCAAAUCGUGGCCCCUUACUUCAGUCUGAUAAGCCAAACCUUCUGGAAAACUUUGCAGGGAUCCCCAAGGAGCUGCAGAAUGGGAAAAAUUGUCGCGUGCCAGAGGCAAGCCUAGAAGAAAAUGAUGCAAGCUACUCAGAUGCGGAAGUGAGUGGUCUGAGGGGCAUCAAAUUGGAGGAAACUUGGAACAGAGGUGACAGCCCUGUCAGUAGCCUCUCCAGUACCUCACAAGGGACUAGUAAUGACUUAACCGCCCCUGAGCAAUUAGAGACAUGGACCCAGACCUGCUCAACUGAGGUUAAGGCUGAGCUAAUGGAAGCACAGUCUAAAGAGGUGGAGGGAAGCUGCCUUGAGGUAGCCCCAAUACCUGCAGUCAUAGUGACUGACCAUGGCAUGGAGGCCUGUGGGGAGGGCCAUGAGCCUGAGGUCAGCCCGAGGCCUUCUCGAGCCCAACGGAAACUCUCUUCCUCAUCAGCCUCAUCCACAGGCUUCUCCUCCUCUUGGGAAGAAUCAGAGGACGACAUUUCCAGUGACCCUGAGCGCACACCAGCCUUCUUGCAGACCCAGCAGAAAGCGCAUAAAUCAUGGAAGAAGAUCAAGAACAUGGUGCACUGGUCCCCUUUUGUAAUGUCCUUCAAAAAGAAGUACCCUUGGAUCCAGCUGGCUGGACAUGCAGGCAGUUUCAAGGCAGGAGCCAACGGUCGCAUUCUGAAAAAGCACUGCGAGUGUGAGCAGCGCUGCCUUGACUGGCUAAUGAAGGAUGUUUUGAGGCCAUAUGUACCUGCAUACCAUGGUGACGUGGAGAAGGAUGGAGAGAAGUACAACCAGAUGGAUGACCUGCUGGCCGAGUUUGACAUGCCGUGCGUCAUGGACUGCAAGAUGGGCGUGAGGACAUAUCUGGAAGAGGAGCUGACAAAAGCCAGAAAGAAGCCCAGUCUGAGGAGUGAUAUGUACCUUAAGAUGAUUGAUGUGGACCCGGAUGCACCAACGCAAGAGGAGAAAGAUCAAAAGGCAGUCACAAAACCUCGCUAUAUGCAGUGGCGAGAGACCAUCAGCUCCACAGCCACACUGGGCUUCCGCAUUGAGGGCAUUAAAAAGGAAGACGGGACAGUAAACAGAGACUUUAAAAAGACCAAGAGUCGAGAGCAAGUGACAGAGGCGUUCCAUGACUUUGUCAAAGGAAACGUGAAUAUCCUGAAUUCCUAUCUCAUCCGGUUAAAGGAAAUCAGGGAUACUCUGGAAGUGUCAAUGUUUUUCAAGACACAUGAGGUGAUUGGCAGUUCUCUCCUGUUUGUCCAUGACAAGCGGGAACAUGCGAAGGUGUGGAUGAUAGACUUUGGAAAGACAACUCCACUCCCUGAGGGUCAGGUGCUGAGCCACCGGGACAAUUGGGUGGAAGGCAACCGUGAGGACGGCUACCUUUGGGGACUUGACCAUCUUAUAGACAUUAUCAGCCACAUGGUGGCACCAAAACAUCUAUAGAGAGGUCACCCAAAAUCUCUCUCUUUUUCUCCCUCCCUCUUGGCCCUCUCUCUCUUUUUCUCUACUCCCCCUGGGUGGAUUGCCCACACUACAGUACAGGAUGUGCCUGGAUUUCCACAGAAAGCUACUCCAGUGGCCUUUCCCCCAAAACAAAAUGGCAGCCACGUGUGAUGUAUGUGUGUGUAUGUAAAGAUAUAGAUAUUGUACAUAUAGUGUAUAGAGUGUAUAGUACAGUGUUUUCAAUAUAGGAGUUGUAUACAGCUAGUGCUUUGUCAAUGCAUUUGUCUGAAUAUCACAUUCUUCUUCUUUUCUUAGUUUGAUGUUCGUCUAACAGUAGUGUGGCAGUGUCGAGCAUAUGUGCCUUCUUCAAGCUUUUUAUGUUUCAAAAAAGGGGCCAUUGGAAUAAUUUUUUUUUUUUUUAUUUAGCGUGAGGCAUAUAAGGUUCUUUAAUGCCUCUUUAAUUCAGCAUGCAGGUUUUGGUUUAACUGAUUGUGAUUUUAUUUGGGAUAUUUUAGUUAUAUUUUAUUAAGUUACUUGGUGGUAUUUGUUAUGUAGUUGUUACUGGAGUGUAAAAGUUUUCGUAGUGUUAACAUUAUGCGUACAGUUAUUUAUACUUAAUGCCAUUUGUAGAACAAGAGAUUGUGAACUCAGGCAGCUAUAUAAAGCCGUGUGUGGGAUUUGGGGUUUUCAUUCCAGCUGGGUGCCUGCAAUUAAUGUUGCUUUAAUCAAAUGGCCAAGGCAAGAAGUGAAAGCAAGCACAACUGCAUCAGAAAUUGAGUUCGGGCUGAACAUUUUAAUGCUUCUUGGAGCAAAAGUGCUGAUCUGUGAUCAGCUUAUUUGCCUCCAACUACUGUCCAAAAGCAGCCAUAAUACACUUUUCCAAUUUUGUUUUAAGAAGCUUUUGCACUAAAACAAUUUUUAAUAGAGUGAAAGUCCAAAAAAUCCAAUAUAUAUAUUUUUCGAGUUAUUUAUCAUAUAAAACUCAAACACAUUUAGAUGACCUUGUUGCUACAGAUAGUUAAUGAAAUACAAUCAACCAUUUCACAUCAAGCAUACUUAAAAUUUUGACCACUGAAUUAGGCAGAAACCAACAUGCUGGAAAGCUUUAUUGGUGGAGGUUCUGCUUGUAUUCAUCAGUACUGCAGUGCAUUUGGGCCUUUAGGACUGAAUAUUGAUGGUCGUUUAUUCUAGAGAUCUGUUCUGGAUUCAGAUGUCAUGACUUGUUGAAGCUCAUUUCGAGUUGAAGCAAUUGCUCUUUGCAUGGCCAUUUGCUAUGUAAAUCCACCACUCCUGUGUACUCAGGCCCAAACAGUCGGAUACCAGCCAAGGAAAACAAAAGGCCGUGAUAAAAGCUAAUUUGUGGGUGCGAAUGGCAGCCGUCCGCUGACAGAAGACUAAGUUUAGCAGUUCAUGGACCAUGUUAGGACUGAGGAAGAACUGAUAAAGCCUGCAGUGUGUGUCAGGCGCUACUCUGUCCUUCCUUUCAGACACAAAUGGUAUAAACAUUCUAUGGCGUAGUUCUGGAUUUCACCUCAGCUCUUUAGCUGAGCUUAACAGAUUCACACUCCUAUUUAGGAAAUGAAAACUGGUCAGUGGGCACGUAAGUUCCCAAAAUCACCAAACACCAAAAGCAGAGGUAGACAAAAAACACCUUGUUUUUUUGAGAACAUGUAAACCAUUGAACUAUGCACCAUAUAUAUAUAAAAGCCCUAAUUUCAAAUCCAUACCGACCAGAGGGUGAAUGUUAAUAGAAGGACCAAAGCAUGCAUACCCAAAUAAUUUUUUUAGUAUAGCUGAUAUACCUAAACAUCUAAAAUGAAAAUGUAUACCAUAGCCACUUAAAAUUGUUUCCCUAUAGUAGCAGAUUAUUAAUAAAAUAUUAUUAGAGUUUAAUUUAUUUCUAUUCUUAAAUUAACCAUAUCACCAUGUCACUCUCAUGCAAACAUUGUGUCUUCAUUUUUGUGAUGUUCUUUUUUGACAUAACAUAAUCAGACAGUUGUUACCUACAUUGUGUCCAAAUUUAGAAUAUUUUCGAUGCAGACUUCUAUUAAAAGUUAAGUAAAGUCUUUGUUUACUAGGUUUCUUUAAUGCAAAUGAAUCAGUGAAAAAAAUGUUUAACUGUUUUAAGCUGUUACAGCUCUAUGUAGAAUCAUUGCCUUUAGUAAAUAACCUGUAAUGAGGUAUAUUUACUAUACUUGCAUAUUAUACUAAUGAUGUAUGUCAAAAGUAGUGCACUGCUACUCCCAUUCAGCAGUACCGGAUGUAUGGUAGGAGUUUCCAGUCUUGUUCAGCCAGGCAGGCAGGAGUACACCUGGCUCCACUUAUAAUCAGCUGGUCUGCCGUUUAACAGUUUAUAAUGUAUAAUACUGCUUUGUUGGACUGGUGGUCUGUGUGGAUAAGACUGGACCCUCCUGGUGUAUUGUACAGCAGUAUGAGGUUUUUGACACAACCUGUUCUGUUGAGAUGUGAGGAGAGUCUGUCAUGGCUGAGCUUUUGGUGUGGGGCGCCCCCUGCUGGAAUGGUGCUGUAUUUUAUAGAACAAACAAAUAGUCUCUGUCUUAAAUAACCUUUCCAAUCAUGUUGGAGAGGUGAAACUGUAUGAAAGCUGUCAAGAGUGUCACACAUAUUUAUAUUUAUUGUGAUAUGUUGCACAAGAACACUAAAUGUAGCUGCAUGUUUCUUGUUUAAUAGCUGUACAUCUUUUGCUAAUUUAGUGACAAAAUGUAUUUUGGCUACUAAAUUUUUGCUCGCUUAAAGCCACAGUUUUUUUUUUUAGUUUUUUUUUUUUUACAUUUGUCUGAACCUUUGAGAGGAAAAAAACAGAGGUGCCCCAUUGUUCAUCCUAUAUUUGUUUAAAGCAAAACAAAAAGUAUUGGUGAAUACCAAAUGAUACUGGAGGCUUAUGAAUGGGUAAAAAGUGAACUGCUCUUCCCAAGAUGAGAGGCAUUGCAACUAUGUACAUCUCUGUUCUGUUCUUUCCUAACUUGCUUGGUGUGUUAAUACUGCAACUAUGCUUUGCUCUACAAUUUUAUGAAAGUAAAUGAACAGUUGGUGAAACGCUCA